GGCUUUUCUUUCCUUGCCUCCUGCCGCGCCGCUUUGUACGACCUUUUCCCCCAUUUGUUUCCCACUCGCUCUGACCUUUGAUGAUCAUUGCCGGCUUCGAUGUAUGCUUCAAAGUCCGCAUCAGACUUUUCAUUGGAACCAUGCGACCGGCCAAUGCUUUCUCAACAUGUACUCUUUCCCCUUUCCCAACGUUUCCCUGCAACGGCCCAAGAAUCUCCUUAACGUAUGAUCAAGUCAUCGAUGAAAUUUUUGCAAGUGUACAAUGCUCUCGGAUGAAUCAAAAUUCGUCAUGACCGUACGUUAGCGACGCGAGCAAAUAAGCGAGAGCGAAUCACGUUGCCAAAUGCCAAUGGGUGACCGCGUUGCGUAACACUCGGCACAUGGUUG